CAAAAUGGACGAAACUACUGUGAUUUACUACGUCGACAAUGAAGAUAUGCCGUACCGUGUAAAGCUGCUUAAAAGUCCUUCAGAAGCAACUCUUUUGGAUUUAAAAAAUGUACUCAAUCGGCAGAGUUACAAGUUCUUUUUCAAAAGUAGGGAUGAUGAUUUCGGGAAAAUUAAAGUAGAGCGAAACAAUGAAGAGAUGAAUUUGCCUUCUUUAAAUGGAAGGGUCGUUGCUCGGCUUUUCACGUCAGACACAAAAAGUGUGUCAGACCCAGGCAGAGAUCAGCAGACAGUGAUAUCAGCAUUAUCUGGCAUACGCCCUCCAGUGCCCGGGACAGGUGGCAUUGAAGAAUCUAGACCACCUUCUUUCCAUCCCCAUGGAGGGCACUCAAGAGCAGGUGAUUUUGACUCUGAAGCGGAUUCCGUGGUUAGUUCCGAAAGAGGGUCAAGGUGGUGGGAAAAACAUUUCAACAGAAAUGAAGCACUUGGAGGAACAAAAACCCCAAUGCCUGGACAGUCCGCGACUACACCUGGAAUCUGCCCCAAGUUUUUGGAGCGUCACUCAACAGACGCGUAUCUCAGGGGUGGUUCAGCGGCGUGUAACACUGCUGCCCAAGGCAAUGAACCUGAAAGAGGAAGUGCUCUAUUUCCUCUGAAUGGCAACUCUUUUGAUACAAAGGGUCAAAUGAGGCAAGUGUUGGAUGAUGGUCAGGUUCUUUUUGUUCAAGGUCACCUGUGUACAGAAAAGAAAAUGCCCACAGAACAGAAUGACACAGAUACAGGGUACAGAGCAAAAGGAAAUGCCAACCCUGGCAAUAAUGAUGGAAGAUCAAAAUCCCCUGAGAAGAGAAAACGGUCUUUAGAAGGGUACAAUGCAAAAGAAACCGCCAACCCUGGCAAUAAUGACGGAAGAUCGAAAUCCUCUGAAAAGAGAAAACGGUGUUCAGAAGGAGGGUACAAAGCAAAGGGAAUUGCUAACCCUGGCAAUAAUGGAAGAUCAAAAUCCCCUGAGAAAAGAAAACGGUCUUUAGAAGGGUACAAAGGAAGAGAAACUGCCAACCCUGGCAAAAGGCAUAAAAAAUCAAAAGCCCCUGAAAAGAGAAAACGGUCCUCUGAAGGAGGGUACAAAGCGAGAGGAACUGCCAACCCUGGCAAUAAUGAUGGAAGAUCGAAAUUCCCUGAGAAGAGAAAACGGUCUUCAGAAGGAGGGUACAAAGCAAAGGGAAUUGCUAACCCUGGCAAUAAUGGAAGAUCAAAAUCCCCUGAGAAAAGAAAACGGUCUUUAGAAGGGUACAAAGGAAGAGAAACUGCCAACCCUGGCAAAAGGCAUAAAAAAUCAAAAGCCCCUGAAAAGAGAAAACGGUCCUCUGAAGGAGACACCUUAGAACUUAAGAGGUAUGAAAGAAGACGUGAUUCACGUGGAAAGUGUAUCAUUGUUAACAAUUAUGAUUUUGGUCAUUACGCUUCGUACCGCGAUGGAGCAAAACAUGAUGAACAUGGGCUUAGAAACCUAUUUGAAGAACACCAUUAUACUGUGAAGAUAAAAAGAAACCUUAGCAAAAAGAGAAUGGAGAGGUUAGCUAAGGAGGUUGCAUUUGAAGACCACAAGAACUGUGAUGCUCUCUUCUUCAUCAUUAUGUCCCAUGGGAGCGAUGAUGAUACCAUUCUUGGUGUGGAUGGUAAAUUGAUCAGUAUUCAAGCAUUGAUGUCACGAUUUAAACCUAACGAAUGCCCAUCACUUAGGGACAAGCCCAAGGUGUUUCUUGUGCAGGCCUGCAGAGGACCAUACUCUGAAAGAUAUACAGGGCCCAUGCGUGACUCAUCUCUUUCACGUGGCACAAGGCCUCAGGAGGCUGACUUUUUGUUAGCUUACGCAUCAGCUCCUGGAUAUACUUCUACAAGACUACCUACUGGUUCAAUUUUCAUUCAAGCACUUAUUGAAGUUUUCCGGAAGCGUAGUUACAAAAGCCACGUGGAUGACAUGCUUACAGAGGUCACCAACCUUACAAUCGAGAGAAGCGCCAAGGAAGCGAAAAGAUACAAAGACCAUUUGACUCACGUUCCUACUGUCAGCAAAUCUCUUAGGUUCAGGCUUUACCUUUAGCUGCAAAGAGUCUAAGGUUUUAGUUGCACAGGUGUCCCAAGCUUACGUCUCGAGAAAGAGCUUAAGUUUAGGGAACUUUCAUUUUUUACGAGGUAGGGGGGGCUGGUGGGAUUUAUUGAACUUUCAUGAAUAAGUUGCAUGACCCCCCUCAGUCGUUUAAUGUUUUUCCAUGACCCCCCCACCAAUAC